AUGGCCUUGAUAGAUCACAAUGUGCCUGUAUAUUAUACAUAUAAACCACUCGACAGCCAACGUCGUAGCUGGCAGCGUCCUCCAUCCAAUAUAGUUAGGCUAACCAACACUGUAAGGAAUCGGUACAAGGAUUCAGCAUGUUACUACAAGGACAGUGUGUAUAUCUUUGGAGGCAUAUCAAUGAGUGAUCAAACUGCCUUCAAUGAUUUGCACAGAUUUGAUUUACGAAAUCGUUGUUGGUCUAAUUCAACGUUAAUUACAAAAGGUACUAAGCCUUUACCACGUGGAAGUGCGUCUAUGGUUAGACAUGAUUACAGAUUGAUAUUGUUUGGAGGUUAUUGCCCUAGCACACAUCACCUCGCCCAUAAUGACUUUUCAGAACUUUAUAGAUUCUACAAUGAUUUAUUCGUAUAUGACCCUCUCACUUCGACUUGGACUGAAAUAAAAAUUACUCCUUGUAAUAUCCCUCAAGAGAGAGCGAGUCAUUCUGCAGUAGUAAUUGGACAUAGUAUGAUUAUUUUUGGUGGAAUUAGUAAGCGCACCUCAUUUAAUGAUGUAUGGAUAUUAGAUCUCAGAACUUUUACUUGGCAACAACUGAAAAUAGAUGGUAUAACACCAUGUCCACGAGGUGGCCACUCACAGAUUGUCGUCGAUGAGAAGAGAAUAGCAAUUAUUGGUGGACAGAAGCGCCUUGGAGAACAUUUCGAGUCUUUAACAGAUAUUUGGUUGCUAGAUAUCGUUCAACAAAGAUGGCAAAAAAUAAAAGUAAUAAAUGAAAAUUGGAUGGCACCCGAUAUUUGGUAUCAUCCUGCUGUAAAAAUUAAUAAUAUUGUUGUUAUUUUUAGUAAUCUAAUUUCAACGCUGUCUGCGGGUGUAAACGCUGUAAAUAAUACGUUCAAUUUCGAUGUUACAUUAAAUUCUAUAUCAAAUUUACAUAUGUUCAUUCUGGAUUUUAGUAAUUUGCAAAAUGAAAAAGUAACUUUUGAAGUUACUUGGCGACAACCUAUCGCUUUACCAGUUACGUCUAAUAAGGCACAUUGUAGCGUGUUAUGUCGGAGUGAAAUAUUUCUAUUUAGCUCAUCGAAUGAAGAAACGUUAUAUAUUAUCAGUUGA